AAAUGCCAAACCAACAACAACACACAAAAACAAUAUAAAUUUCGGUUAACAAAAGGCAAACAGAAGCAAGAAACAGAACCCACACAUCACUCCACACACGGCAUGAACCUCCUGCGUAGGCGUGUUGAGUGCAGCAGCAACGAAAGAACAGAACACAACGAAACGAAAGAAAUGUCCAUUGCUACAUUUAGGGGCGCAUUCUCGAAAAUUCUAAACACUGCGACACAGGGACAGGCAACCAGAUAAAGAGCGCAGCGCCAUGGCCCUAUAUUGCUGGGGCGACACCUCGCACGGCCAAUUGGGACUCGGAGGCAUCGAGGAUGAUCAGAUCCUUGUACCCAGCAAGAUACCAUGGAUGCCAGAUUCGGCGGUGGAGCAGAUUGCGUGCGGUCAUCGCCACACGCUUUUCCUCACUGCCAAUGGGAAGGUGUACGCCUGCGGAAGCAACGAUCACUACCAGCUGGGGCACGAGCUGCCCACCAAAAGGCCACGUAUGUCGCCAUUUCGCAGCAAAUGACUACCAUUCCCCUUUGUCCUUUCCGCUCUCUUGCAGUGCUGAUACCAGAGCUGCAGGACUUUGUUGUCGUACAGAUUGCCUGUGGCAGUCGCCAUUCCAUGGCCCUCACAGACUGGGGCCAGAUCCUGAGCUGGGGCGACAACGAUUGCGGACAGCUGGGCCAUGCCACCCAUAAGGAGAUCAUUGAGCUGCCAAAGGUCUUGCGCUAUCUCGUGUCCAAAACGGUGGUGCAGAUUGCAUGCGGCAACAAUCACAGUCUGGCACUCACGAGCUGUGGCGAACUCUACUCCUGGGGCUCCAACAUCUACGGACAGCUGGGCGUUCAGUCUCCAAAGGAGCUGGCGCACUGCAAUUACCCGUUAAAGCUCACGACUGUCCUGGGCAUCCCACUGGCCACAAUAGCCUGUGGCGGCAACCAUUCGUUCCUCAUCUCCAAGUCCAGUGCGGUGUUCGGCUGGGGCAAGAACACUUCCGGCCAGUUGGGGCUCAACGAUGAGGAGAAUCGUGCAUAUCCCACACAGCUAAAGACAAUGCGCACGCUGGGUGUGAGAUACGUAGCCUGUGGGGACGAGUAUUCCGUGUUCCUCACCAACGAGGGUGGAGUCUUCACCUGCGGCGCUGGCAACUACGGACAGCUGGGGCAUGGCUUUAAGUCCAACGAGAUGAUACCUCGCAUGGUCAUGGAACUGAUGGGCAGCACCAUCACUCAGGUGGCCUGCGGCAAUCGCCACACCCUCGCGUUGGUACCGUCCCGUGGCCGGGUGUAUGGCUUUGGUUUGGGCAGCUCCGGGCAGCUGGGAACGCGAGGCACUAAAAGCCUGACGUUGCCACAGGUGGUCAUCGGUCCCUGGGUCUCGCCCAGUGGCUCCGCUUUGCUACAAUCGAGCGAAGGAGCCAAGGAAUCGGUUGUCAUUCAGCAUAUCUUCUCCGGCGGAGAUCAAUCGAUUGUAACAACCACUCUCUAUGUUAACAAGGUGCCACCGGAGGAUCUGCGCAGCUACAAACCCAAAUCUCAGAUUCUUGCACUGACGGCAGAGGCCACACAGCAGUGUGCGCAUUUCAAGCAGAGCGACCAAAGCGAUUUGGAUCUGCUGCAGUCCAUGGAGCUGAUCUUCAAGAGUCAGGCGUGCCUGAAUGGUUCGUUUUUGCUGCCAAACGAGAAGCAUUUUGGCUGCUCUGUGCGUAAUUAUGGACUGGAUCUGACUGCGGCCGAAGUGGCAUUCGAUCAUCUACGAAAUGUGCAGAAUGAGAGCAUUAAGCAGGUGAUCUUGGAUAAUGUAACAAAAGAGUUGAUUGGUUCGCUGGUAGCCUCCCCGGCGGAUGUGGAGACCCUGCGCGUGUAUCUGCUGCUGCCGCUGUAUCACGAAUUCAUGAACUCCAAGCACUACCAGACGCUGCAGGUGCCACUGGCCAGUGCCAUACUCAAUUUGACGGAGAACCCAAGCAAGGUGCUACACAAAUGGUUGGCCCAAACGCCAGUGGAUUAUUUCGAGCGUGUCGUCAACAUAUUUCUGCAUGUGGUGGUGCACAUAAUUAGCUUCACAAUGAAACUGCUGCCCAUCAAUCCAACGGUGGAGGGUCCACAAAGGUUGAUGCCAUACAAUGCCGAUUUGGAUGUCAUUCUAAAGGUAAUGAAAGAACUCUUCCUCAUCAACAAUUCGAGAAAGGAGCGCGUCAGUUAUCAGAUCUUCUAUUGGCCCGAACUUGACUGGUAUGCGAACGUCAAGCAUGAGUUUAUUAGAUGGAUAAUGAGCAGCCCGAGCGAGUUCAGCAUUUGUAAUUUUCCAUUCCUAUUCGAUACGUCGGCCAAGACAUCGAUGCUGCAGGCGGAUCAAGUGGUCCAAAUGCAUUUAGCAAUGGCCAAUGCGGCCAACAAUCAUGCAUGUUUCAAUCUUCUCUACCACGGCAUGCCCAUCUCCCAGUAUAUUGUGUUAAAUGUGACGAGGGAGAACCUCGUUCAGGACUCCAUUCGAGAGCUGCAGCAUUACUCGCAGAUUGAUCUAAAGAAGCCGCUGAAGAUCAAGUUCCAGGACGAGGAGGCCGAGGAUGCUGGCGGCGUGCGCAAGGAGUUCUUCAUGCUGCUGCUCAAGGAUCUACUGGAUCCUAAGUACGGCAUGUUCAAGGAGUUCGAGGAGUCGCGCGUGUUGUGGUUCGCAGACAUCACAUUUGAAACGGAGAACAUGUACUACCUCAUUGGUGUCCUCUGUGGCCUGGCCAUCUACAAUUUCACCAUCAUCAAUCUCCCCUUUCCCCUUGCGCUCUACAAGAAGCUGCUGAACAAACCCGUGGAUCUGAGUGAUCUGCGGCAGCUGUCGCCCACGGAGGCCAACUCCAUGCAGGCGCUGCUCGACUAUGAUGGCGACGACUUCACAGAGGUCUUUGAUCUGCAUUUCGAGGUAACACGCGAUGUCUUCGGGGAGACGCAGAACUUAAGCCUGAAGCCAAAUGGCCAAGAGAUUGCCGUCACGCUGGAGAACAGACAGGAGUUUGUGGAUCUCUAUGUGGAUUUUGUGAUCAACAAGUCAUCGGAGGUGCACUACAAUGCCUUCCACAAGGGCUUCAUGAAGGUGUGUUCGGGGCGUGUCAUAACCCUAUUCCAGCCGGAGGAACUGAUGGCAGUGGUCGUGGGCAAUGAGGAGUAUGACUGGCAGGCCCUAGAGGAUAAUUGCGAAUACAAACACGGUUACUCUUCCGGCGAUGAGACAAUCAAAUGGUUCUGGGAGGUGAUUCAUGAUCUAUCUGAAGCGGAAAAGAGAAGUUUCCUUCUCUAUUUAACUGGCAGUGAUCGUAUACCCAUUCAGGGUAUGAAGGCCUUGGGGUUCACUAUACAACCUACCACCGAUGAACGUUUCCUGCCAGUGGCCCACACGUGCUUCAAUCUGUUGGAUUUGCCACGCUACAAGACCAAGGAGCGCCUUAAAUACAAACUACUGCAGGCCAUACAGCAAACGCAGGGAUUUAGUCUGGUCUGACCUGAUCCUCCAUGAAAUUAAUGAAAUUUUGGCACAGGUACAGGAAACACCCACACACCACACACCACACACAUUUAUCAGAGAUCAUAUCAACUAAAGUAAUGUUGUGUUUUAUGGCUUUAAAUCGUAGGCUAGCUAUCAAUCAAUACCACAACUGUUUUAGAAAUUAUGAGAAAAGUGAACAAAUAAAUCGGUGAAUAGUGUAUAUUUUAAAAA